AUGAUCCCGGGACACGGGCCGGUGAUCCAGUCGGUGCUGGGAACCUUCCUGACCUGGGGGCUGACGGCGGCUGGCUCGGCACUGGUGUUCGUGUUUUCCAGCGGGCAGAGGCGGAUCCUAGAUGGGAGCUUAGGCUUCGCCGCAGGGGUCAUGCUGGCCGCUUCCUACUGGUCCCUCCUGGCCCCGGCUAUCGACAUGGCCGAGGAGUCCGGCAGCUUCGGAGCCUUCGCUUUCUUCCCGGUGGCCGUGGGCUUUGCCCUGGGAGCAGCUUUCGUGUACUUCGCUGACCUGCUCAUCCCGGCGCUGGGUUUCAGCGGGCCUCCCCACGCAGCGUUUGCCUUGAGCUGCGACCAACGAGCAGUGAAAGAAAAAUAUGAGCAUGAACCUGCCCAUCACCUGGACUACGAGAGCGAGUUGUCCAUCCGGAUAGGUAGAGCUGGGCUCCAGCCAGACAAAGGUGAGAACGGGGAGCCCUAUCAGAGGAGGAAGGGCGCGGGGGCCAGCCUGCCAGAUGGCCCCCCGGUGUUCCCCGCGGCCCGGGACGGUGCCCCGACAGCCGGCAGCAGCAGCUGGAGGCGGAUUAUGCUGAUGAUCCUUGCUAUAACCAUCCACAACAUCCCAGAGGGUCUGGCAGUAGGAGUUGGAUUCGGGGCUAUUGGAAAAUCCACGUCUGCGACCUUCCAAAGCGCCAGGAACUUAGCAAUCGGGAUUGGGAUUCAGAAUUUCCCCGAGGGCCUGGCUGUCAGCCUGCCCUUGCGCGGCGCUGGAUUUUCCACGUGGAAAGCGUUCUGGUACGGGCAGCUGAGCGGCAUGGUGGAGCCUUUAGCCGGUGUCUUUGGUGCCUUCGCCGUGGUGGUGGCAGAGCCUCUCCUCCCCUACGCCUUGGGCUUUGCCGCCGGAGCAAUGGUCUACGUGGUGAUGGACGAUAUCAUCCCUGAGGCACAGACCAGUGGCAAUGGGAAGCUGGCGUCCUGGACCUCGAUAUUAGGAUUUGUGGUGAUGAUGUCCCUGGACGUUGGGCUCGGGUAGGGCAGCGCGCCGCUCCCCAGGAGACUUCAGAGCAAAAUGUGCGGUGGCAUUUGGAACUGGACACGCGUUACCCUCUAGACUGUUUUUGUAUAUAUAUUUUUUU